ACCAGUGCAGACUAUUCGGCAGGCGUUUUCACCCGACCGCCUGUCCUGAGGGAGAUCACGGACCCACAGCAUGUCUACUAACGACGGGAAGCCGUUGAGAAGACAGCAUGACGCCGCCGUGGAUCGUCACGCGCGCUAGUUGGGCUGCGCGUGCUCCUUAUCAGGAGAUCAAAGUGCAGAGAGACGCGCUGAACCGGCUGAACCGGCUGUGAAGCGCAGCGAUGUCCACAGUGAGAGGAGACCCGAGCGGAACAGCAGCUGAAGAGAUGGAGAAGGAUGGAGGAAAAUCCAAAUGGAAAUUAUUUCUUGAGGACAUCAGUGUCCUACACCUGGUACUGACCUUCUUGUUUAUGGGUUUGUCAGGGCUGAUUUUGAUGGUUUAUCUGAUGUUUACGUCACUUUGGCUGAUUCCCACUUUCUACUUCACCUGGCUGAUUUUGGACUGGGACACACCUCAGAGAGGUGGCAGAAGAAGUGAGUUUGUUAGGAGCUGGAGAGUGUGGACACAUUUUAAAGACUACUUCCCAGUAAAGUUAGUGAAGACAGGGGAGCUGAAUCCCAGUAAGAACUAUAUUAUGGGAUGCCAUCCGCACGGCAUCAUGAGCAUGGGCGCCUUCUCCUGCUUCAGCACCGAGCCUGGUGGGUUUGCGCAGGCGUUCCCGGGAAUACGCUCCUCUCUGGCCAUGCUUGCUGGCGUAUUCCGCAUGCCGUUCGUCAGAGAGUACAGCAUGGUCACAGGCUUGUUGCCGGUCAAUAAGCAGAGUCUCGAGUACAUACUGAGUCGAGCCGGUGUGGGCAACGCUGUGGUCAUUAUCAUCGGAGGAGCUGAGGAGUCACUGGCAUCUGCUCCUGGAGUGAACACUGUGGUUAUGAAGCAGAGGAAAGGCUUUGUUCGUCUUGCUUUGGAAAACGGGGCUGACCUGGUUCCAGUGUACUCGUUUGGUGAGAACGAGCUCUUCCCGCAGGUGCUGCUGUCCGAGGGCAGCAUAGGCCGCAGGCUUCAGGCUCUGUUUAAGCGAGUGAUGGGUUUUGCGCCGUGUCUCUUCACUGGGGGGCGCUGUCUGAUCCUGCCUUACAGGAGACCCAUCACCACUGUGGUUGGAAGCCCCAUCUCUGUGCCUCAUGUACGCAACCCAUCCGAACAGCAGGUGGAGCACUAUCACAACCUCUACAUGGAGUCCCUGUCCAAACUCUUCCACACACACAAAACCAGCUGCGGACUGGCAGAAACACACGAGCUACGCAUUAUCUGAACACAUCCAUACACAAACACACAUACAGGCUAAAUACUUGUUGCAUUUGGUAUGCAGUUGCCAGGGUGUCCAAUCUUCUCCGGAAAGGGCGUGUGUGUGGUUUUCGUUCCAUCCAUGCACUCCAAGUCACACCUGAUCUAUUGAAAGCCAAGAACGACUAAUUAAACAGGUGUUGCUUCUGCUUGUUUGGAAUGGAACCAUGCUGGCAUGCACGCACACACACACACCCCUUUCUUCUUACACACACACACAGAACAACAUUUUUAUAGCUGUAACCAAAUUGCACAUGUAUGAUAGUGUAAAGCUUUGUAUUAUUUUACAGAGAAUGCCAAAUGUCUUUUUAAAACAUAGAAUUAUGCUGGUCAUAAAGGCAAAUUUAAAAUAAUCUAGCCACAAGGAAAUGUGAAAUAUUUUAAAAUGUUAACUUUGUUUACAAAAAUAAUUUUCCUAUUUAUCUUGAAUGAUGUGGGCUAAAUGGUAUAUCGGUAGUGAAGCUAAAAACAGGGUAGCCGGACAUUUUAUGAAUUUGUAGAUAAUUUUUUCAAAUCUAACUUCUUGCCUAUGUAUUUUAAUGUAAUAAAUGUGAAAAUGACUGUU